AUGAAUGCUCGCAGAGAGGGGAUUGACUUCCUCGCUCAGAGUCGCUAUACUCACAGAAACAACAAUAAUGACAGCUUCUGGCACCAUUUGCAGGACAACGCCAACUUGACCUACGUUCUUGUGACUGCGGUAUCUGUUUUUUUCCUCUUGCAUCAUUUCAGGUCACUCCCGUCUUCAUUUGUCGCAGCAGUCUGGGACAUUGCCGUCUACCUAACUCCCUCUCGCAUAAUCGCCGCUCUCGAUUCGAAAUCUACCAACGCUUCGGACGAACCUUCCGGCGAAAUGACGCUCCAAGCGAAAAGCGAGGCAAUGCAGCGCAUCCUCGGACUUGACCACGCUUCGUUCCCGUCGUUCUUCCCUCGAUCGAGAGCCCUCUCCGGGCUUGGCUCCGCCCUCCUUGGAAGCAAGGAUACCGUACCGCCGGGGUUAGGAAACUGGGAUAAUUCGUGCUACCAGAAUAGUAUCAUUCAGGGUCUGGCGUCGCUGCCGUCGUUUGCGGGGUUUUUGGAACGGAAUAUCGAUCAACUCAGUGGGAAGGUCUCUUUUUCGACACAUGAAGCGCUCAAGGGGAUUAUUGAACGGUUGAAUAGUGCGGAUUAUCAUGGACAGCGGUUAUGGACGCCACCGGACCUGAAGUCGAUGAGCAGUUGGCAGCAGCAGGAUGCGCAGGAGUACUUUUCGAAGGUGGUGGAUCAGAUUGAUCAUGAAGUACAGCAAGCUACACGACGACAAACCCGAAACUUGGGAUUGAAGAUGGCAGGACCGUCGGAACAUGUUAUCGGGGCUUCGGCGGCUCAAGUGGAUGGUGCGUCACAACAGGGAGGUCAAGUGAACCAGACAUUCCGCAACCCAUUGGAAGGUCUUCUUGCGCAAAGAGUUGGGUGUAUGCGGUGCGGGUGGACAGAAGGACUGUCCCUGAUUCCGUUCAACUGCUUGACCGUGCCUCUAGGCGCGAGCUACGAGUACGAUGUUCGUGACUGCUUGGACCAUUACAUGAAUCUCGAACCGAUUGAAGGAGUGGAAUGUGCCAUGUGCACUCUGCUCCGCGCUCGAGAUCAACUUCGCAGCUUAUUGCAGCAAAUCGCCGACGAUGAGAAGCUUUCGCAAACCGGAGAGCCGUCGAAAGUCUCAGAUGCACUCAAAGCAUCGGCCGAGCAACGGCUGCAGGCUGUUGAAGAGGCCCUGGAGGAAACUGACUUUACGGAGAAGACUUUGUCGAAGAAAUGCCACAUUCCAUCGAAGAAUAGGGUUACGACGACGAAGUCAAGACAAGCCGUCAUCGCAAGGCCACCUGGCUGCCUCGCCAUCCACAUCAACCGGAGCGUGUUUGACGAGCACACGGGUAUGUUGAGAAAGAACUACGCAGCGGUCAAAUUUCCCAGGGUCCUUGACCUAAGCGAAUGGUGCUUGGGCGGGAGCUCCGCUGAAGCCAUCGAGCAGAAGGUAGAGAACUGGGGCACCGAUCCUCGUGUUUCGAUGCUCCCUCCGCCAGGCGCAGCCAGGGAUACUGUCGAACGCCGCUACGAGUUGCGUGCAGUGGUCACGCAUUAUGGCCGCCACGAAAACGGCCACUAUAUCUGCUACAGAAAGCACCCGGUCGAUACAUUCCCAGCUCAUAUACCGGAAGCAGUUUUAGAAGCGGACGGCGAGAAGGAAAAGUCUGAGCGUUGGUACAGACUGAGCGACGAGGACGUCCAAAUGGUUAGCGAGGAGAACGUGAUGACUCAAGGAGGAGCAUUCAUGCUGUUUUACGAAGCAAUCGAGACGCCGACUUCUAGCACAGAUUCAAAUGCCAGUGCCGAAAAUCCAAUCUCGAGCUUCUCCCCAGAAGAUAUGUCCUCAAAUAUGUCUACGACUACCGAUCGGUCAACAGCGUCCGACACAUCUCGCGCUACCAGCGUGUCGGCCGAAGGAGAGCAAGCCGGCGAGAAAAAUCCGAUGAUGGAAGUUGACUGA